CCAGACCGUGGUCAGUCGUACUCUGGCCACAGGCAGCAAUGGGCGCUCCAAGGGCUGACAAGAGUGUUCUGGCAACCAGCUCGGCCUCCGCCAACCUGAUCAUUGAGCUGGAGGAGAAUGAAAGGGCGACCAAGCAGCUGCCCUGGUAUUAUGGCCCCACCUACCUGCUCUUCUGGGUGGGCCUGUUCUUCGCCGUGGUCAUACCACUCUUCCAGUCGCUGCCCAUCGGCCUGAAGAUUAGGGAGGAGUCGGAGAGUCCGGGGAAAUUCGUGGCCGAGCGUGCCAUGGCCAUAGUGCUGCCCAUCAGCCAGAUGGGGCCACGCGUCGUGGGCGACCAUGUGAAUGAGGUGACAAUAGUGGAAUACAUGCUCGGGGAGAUUGCAAAAGUUCGCUCGGCAAUGCGCGACGACCUCUUCGCUAUGGAAUGGGAAGUGCAGCGUGCCUCGGGCUCCUAUCUGCACAACGGCCUGGUCAACCACUACCAAGGGGUGCAGAAUGUGGUCGUCAAACUGAGCACGAGGACCUCCAACAGCAGCUCCUAUUUGCUGCUCAACAGUCACUACGACACCAAGCCAGGAGCGCCGGGUGCCGGUGACGAUGCCUACAUGGUGGCUGUAAUGCUGGAGGUGCUCCGCCAGAUGGCCAUAUCCGAUAAUCUGUUUCUGCAUCCCAUUGUCUUCCUGUUCAAUGGGGGCGAGGAACAGCCAAUGCUGGGCUCCCAUGGCUUCAUCACACAGCACCGGUGGUCCGCCAAUUGCAAAGCGCUAAUCAAUUUGGACGGUUCGGGCGGUCGCGAGCUGCUCUUCCAGGGCGGUCCCAAUCACCCCUGGCUGAUGGAACAUUACAAAAAGAGUGUGCCGCACCCGUUCGCCACAACGACGGGCGAGGAGCUGUUCCAAGCUGGCCUCAUACCUUCGGACACGGACUUUCGGAUCUUCCGUGACUUUGGAGUGGUGCCGGGCCUGGACAUGGCUGGCAUUUACAAUGGCUUUGUUUACCACACGGAAUUCGAUCGCUACACUGUCAUAUCUGGCGAUGCCAUGCAGAGCACUGGGGACAAUGUCCUGGCCCUCGUGCAGAGUAUCGCCAAUGCACACGAGAUGUAUGACACGCAGGCGUACUCCGAGGGCCAUUCGGUGUUCUUCGACUUUAUUGGCCUGUUCUUUGUGUACUACAAGGAGUCGACGGGCGUGGCCCUGAACAUCUCCUUCUCGAUCGGGGCCAUGGUGCUCGUCUGCCUCUCCCUGUGGCGCAUGCGCAAGGUGUCGGGUCAGCCCGUUGGCACCUUUGCCGGCGCAUUCGGCGUGCAGUUCCUGUUGGCACUGGCCGGUGUGGCGCUGGCUCUGGCCCUGCCCCUGCUCAUGUGCGUCUUCUACGAUGCCGGAGACCGCACCCUGACUUACUUCAGCAACAGUUGGCUGGUCAUCGGCCUCUUCAUCUGCCCCUCGAUCAUCGGUCUUACUCUGCCGCUGACCCUCUAUCUGACGCUUCGGCCAAGUGAGAAGAUUCCGCAUGCCUACCACUUGCAGAUCGUGGGGCACGCCUACUGCGUCCUCUUGGCAGUUCUGUGUCUAGUGUUGACGGCUCUGAGCAUCCGCAGUGCCUACCUGUUCCUCAUUUCCAUCGUGUUCUAUGUGGGAGCUCUGAUCAUCAAUCUGCUGACACGUCUGCAUUGCCGAGGCUACUACUGGUCCUUGUUGCUCGGAGCCAGCCAGGUGAUGCCGUUCCUCUACCAUGCCUAUCUGUUCCACACAUUCAUCGUCAUAUUCAUACCGAUGGUGGGGCGAUUUGGCGUCACAACCAAUCCGGACACCAUCAUAGCCGUUCUGUGUGCCUGUGGCACGGUCCUCUCGCUGUCUUUUGCGGCUCCCCUCAUAAAUAUGUUCCGGCGACCCAAGAGCAUGCUGGGCGGCUUGGCGCUGGCCAUGUUCGUCUUCUGCAUGAUCUCCGUUUCCAGUGUCGGCUUUCCCUACCGCCCCAAGACCAAUGUGAUGCGCGUCGAUAUGAUGCAAGUGCACCGCCGAUUCUUCGAGCACGAUGGAUCCAUGAGUGCGGAGAACAGCGGCUACUAUCUGCACAUGCUGGACAGGAACAAGGACGCGCCGCUCCGCGACACAAUGGACCUCACGGGGCUCGUCCGGCUGGGCGAGGACUGCGACUCGGAGCUGAUGUGCGGCAUUCCCUGCUACCGCUGGUGCUCCGCGCGCAAAGAGGCGCGUUGGCUGCCACGGCAACAGCUGGUGGAGCUGCCAUACCCCACUGUGCUGGAGCUGCGCAACAAGACGGUGCUGGCCGGGGGCGAUCAGGCACGCCUAGAAUUCCGGCUGUCGGGCCCCCCCAACAUGGGACUCUUCUUCAAGCCCCGGAGUGGAGUGAAGCUGCUGCGUUGGUCCUUCGCUCAGGGCAUGCUGGACAAUCCGGCCCAGUUCAGGCCACCGCUGCAAGUCCAGAUAACCUACGGCAUAGACACCACGCCCAUUGAGUUCGACGUGGAGCUAUCGAAGGACAAUGAAAACUUCGAUGAGCCCCUUUUCGAGAUUGGCGUCUCCGGACACUACGUGGGUCCCAGGGUCGAGCGGGAUGCCCUCAGCGAGCAGUUCCUGGCCACGCUGCCCGCCUACACCUUCUCCAUGCAGUGGCCGAGCAGCUACGCCCGUUAUAUAUACUAAGGAAUGCAUUAGGCUAAGCGACAGAUUAGGCAGAUAUUUUUUUUGAAGUCACAAGUAGCUACUUACUUGC